CCCUGUCCUUACUCACAUGGUCCCCGGAGGUUCUGGGAGUGUCCUUGGCAGGUAUAUGGGACCCAGGCACUGGUGUGUCUCAUGGUCCUUCCCCCACCCCCACUCCAAGCUCCUACUGAUGGUGGCAGCCUUGAGGACUGGGCAGCCCUCCUGAGCUCUCCCACUCCUUGGGCAGAGGUGGGGUGAAGGCUGUGGGUGCUGGGCUUGGUCAUGCUGUGGGGGUGGGGACACCUUGCUCAGCCCCUUCAGGGUAAGACCAGAGUCAGGGACAAGAGCAGGGUGUCCUGGGGCAUCUGAGUACGUGGGCGUGAGUAGGCUGGGCAGCUCUCCAGCCUCAGCUGAUGCCCAGGGUGGUCUCAGCACUGUGGCCUGGCCAGAGUCCAGGGAGCCCAGGACUCUGAGGCAGGUGACUAGCCACGCCUCUGUUAGCUGUGUGCCCAGCCUCCACCCCAGCAGGUGCCAGUUCUGGGGCAGGAACUGCCAGUGCUCCUGCCCAGGAAAGGUACAGCUGCUGCAGGACGGGCUCAGUUCGUGGAGCCCCCUCCUUGGCCUGGUGCUGUCCUCAUGGGCAGCCUGCCUUUUUUCUGGCAGCCACUGCCCUUGCUGCUGCUGUUGUCACUGUCACUGGCUUGGGCCCAGAUGCGCCCCGCGACCGCCUCCUUGAGGCCCCCUGGCGACCCGGUCUGCCCCGAGUCCUGUACGUGCCAGCCUAGCGACCAGGCUAACUGCUCGGCGCUCGUACUGCUCGCUGUGCCCACGGGCCUGAGCUGGCGCCUGCACUCGCUGCUGCUGGACCGCAACCGUGUGCGCUCGCUACCGCCAGGGGCCUUCCAAGGCGCGAGCGCUCUGCUGCGCCUGGACCUGCAGGAGAACGGGCUGCGCGCGGUGCACGCGCGCGCCUUCUGGGGUCUAGGGACGUUGCAGCAGCUCGACCUCGGCUCCAACCAGCUGGAGGCGCUUGCGCCUGGGACCUUCGCGCCGCUGCGCGCAUUGCGCAACCUCUCGCUGGCAAACAACCGCCUGGUGCGCCUGGAACCCGCAACCUUGGGCACGCUCCCGCUGCUGCGCACGCUGAGCCUGGAGGACAACUCACUGGACACCCUAGGACCCGGCCUGCUGGCCACCCUACCGGCUCUUCGUUCCCUGCAUCUGCGCGGCAACCCUGGAGCCUGCGGCUGUGCGCAGCGUUCGCUCUGCACCUGGCUGAGUCAGCACCCCCGUGGUCCAGAGGUCGAGGGCCUGGUCUGCGAGGCUCAGAGGAGCUUGCCAAUCAGCCCCCUGUCUGCCUUCAAUCCUUGCGCGCAGUCGCCGACGCUGCGCGACCUGGCUGUCAUCUACGUGAUCGGGCCGUUCUCCUUCCUCGCCAGUCUGGCCACCUGCCUGGCGUUGGGCUCCGUGGUUACUGCCUGUCGCGCCCAUCGCCGCCGCCGUGCCGCCGCCAGCCGCCUGCCCUGGAGACCCCCAGACCCCAAGCCGGGCACCCCGCCGGCGCAGGCGGGCGUCGGCAACCCAGCGGCGGCCCAGGCCUGA